AACGAGACACGCUAACGCUGCUGUCCCAGGAGGCCAACUUUCUGACUGAGCCGGGACGAUGGCACAGAACUUGUAUGGUCCUGGAGUCCGGAUGGGCAACUGGAACGAAGAUGUCUACCUGGAGGAGGAGCGUAUGAGAGACUUCCUAGAGAAGAGGGAGAAGGGAGAACUCCUUAUACAGAGAAACAGAAGGGUGAAAAAGAACCUCUUGAGACCGAUGGAGCUUUCGGUAUCCAAAGAUGGAUUUGUCCAUUAUGGCGACAAAGUGAUGCUUGUGAAUCCUGAUCACCCCCGGGGGGAGGAAGCUGGCAUGUUUCUGGAAGGAGACCUGUGCCUAUGCAUGAGCCCGGAUGAAGUUAAAGCCCAGCUACUUGAUGAAUUGGAAAUGCCCUGUGGUUUGAGUGCUGUUCUGACCACAGUCCCGAUGGGCAGAAACACUUUCACCAUCCUGAGUGACAGCAGAAGCAGCGAUGCUGUGGGCCAAGUCCUUAGAUACGGGCAGAGCUUCUGCCUCGGGAUAGAAGCAGGCCUGGAAUGCAAGAUGCUGUACUUAUCAAGUGACCACCGGACCCUUCUGAAGUCUUCUAAGAAGUCCUGGCUCCAGGAGGUGAUUCUGACAGACGAGGCCUCCCAUCUGAACUGCUGGCAGGCUACCUUCCUUGACCCCCAGCUGCGCCUGGAAUAUGAAGGCUUCCCAGUUGGGGCAAAUGAAAAACUUGUCAUCUAUCAUCGACAAACAAACCGAGCCCUGGCAGCCCAUCGGCAUCUCUCCUUAAGGACCUAUUUCGGGAAGGAAGUUGAGGUUGCAGCUCAUACACAUCUGGAUUCACACAGAGUUGAAAAGCCCAAGAACCACUGGAUGCUGGUCACCGGGAAUCCUAGGGACAAGUCGACCACCGUGUUGGACCUCCCCAAACCUCCUGCAGAGGAUACUCGUGCCGUGGAGCAGGCCAUGGGCAUCAACACAUAGUGACACCCCAAGCAUACACGUGGCCUCUCAGGCCCUGCUCUCAUCGAUUCUAAAUCUUAAAAGCAAUGAAUAAUCUUGGUUGUGUCCCAAGCAGUUUUCCAGUAGGGCACAGAACUCCAUGAACACAGUAUUAAAAGAAAUACCUUAUUAAACUUAUUGAAUUAGUGGUGGGAGCUGA